CUCUGUCUGAGGGGGCGUGGCUGCCUGUCUCAGUGGGCGUGGCUUCCUGUCUCAGUGGGCGGGGCUUCCUGGUUACCUAGCAGCCAGCAGCAGAGUGAUUGACAGCUGAGCUGAAGCUUAAAGCCUUCAGAGACUGAGAGGAGCUGCAACUCCAGCAGCAGGUUUAUAAAGAGGAAUACAACUCUGGAUUAUAAAACGUUUUCUGGACUCUGACUGGACUUUGAAUCUACUUUACUUUUGUUUUCUGGAACAAGAAGUUAUAGAGACAAUCCUUCAUCUGUGAGCAGCCGAGGACAACAUCACUCGUCCAUGUCGUCCCGUCAGCAGCAGCAGCUCGGAGGCCAGCAGCUGUCUGCCAAACCCAGAGAAAGAGCCUGAUCCUGGGCUGAGAGAGCCAGCUAAUGCCCCCUCCUGGUCCAGCCACCAUCCCACACGCUGAGCUGGGACAUGCUAUAACCACCUGACUGCCUCGUCAUCAAAAUGAUGGCCUCGGUGGUCGUCGGGGGCCGCCGGAAGAAGUCUCUCAGCUUGAGAGGGGUGGACCCCGAGACCUGUAUGAUUGUGUUCAAGAACCACUGGGCACAGGUGGUGAAGAUCCUGGAGAAACACGAGCCGGGUCGUAGCGGCUCUGGUGCGCUGAGCUUCCUCUCCGGUCAUGCUAGCGGUGGCGGCGGUGGCGGCGGCGGCGGCGGCAGCGGCGGCUCUGGAGCGUUACGCCUCGGCCCCAUCCCGGCUGACGAGGCCAGCGCCGUCCAGAACUACGUGGAGCACAUGCUCUUCCUGCUGAUGGAGGAAGAGGCGGGGCAAGGAGGAGCGAUGGGUCCCAUCCUGGAGUUCGUGGUCGUGGAGGGGGUGAUGGAGAGGCUGUUUCUGUGGAGCCUCAGGAGGCAGUUCACUGAGGACAUGAAGCUGGAGCAGCUCAGGAUGUACCAGAUGCUUCUAUCUCAGGCCAGACAGCCUCUUCUGCACCAUAAACCAGUUCUACGGCCGCUCAUGAUGCUGCUGGCGUCCUGCGCAGGACCGGGAACCGACAGCGGCGGUGUGGUGGAGGCGGAGCUGGUCCUGCUGCUGAACCAGCUGUGUGUCGCUCUGGUCAGAGAUCCCUCGGUGCUGGAACUGUUCUUCCACACCAGUGAGGACCAGGGAGCCGCCAACUUCCUGUUGUUCUCCCUGCUCAUACCAUACACACACAGACAGGGUUCGGUCGGUCAGCAGGCCAGAGAUGCUCUGCUGCUCAUCAUGUCUCUGUCGGCCUCCGAUCCUCGAGUCGCCCAGCACAUCGCAGAGAACACAUACUUCUGUCCUGUGCUGGCCACAGGUCUGUCUGGUUUGUACUCAUCCCUUCCUGCCAGGCUACAGGUUUACAGUGAAGACUGGCACUGUCUGGACCAGGCCGACUGGCAGCAGGUUCCAGCUCUCGUCCACUUCCUGCACUCUCUGGACUUCUGUAGUGCUGUUACCAAGGUCGCUCAUCCCUCCAUCCGGUCCCAGCUGCUGGGUUACAUCUAUAACGGCUUCCUGGUGCCUGUGAUGGCUCCUGCUCUACACAAGCUGACGGUGGAGGAGGUGAUGACCACCACGGCGUACCUGGAUCUGUUCCUGCGCUCCAUCUCCGAGCCCGCCCUCCUCCAGAGCUUCCUGUCCUUCAUCCUGCUGCACACGCACGACAACGUGCACAUCCUGGACACGCUGGUCAGCAGGGUCAACACACCUUUUCAGUUGGGUACGGUGUCGCUGGCUCUGUUCAGGACUCUGAUUGGUCUCUUCUGUGAAGACGUCAUGCUCCAGCUGGUGUUCAGGUAUCUGAUUCCCUGCAGCCACCUGAGCAGGAAGCAACAGUCCUCCCUACAGCAGAGGGACUGUUACUCCUCCAGCGCCGCCUCCUUCCUGCUCCUCUUGCCCUCCUGGUGCCCCGGGAGCCUCCACAACACCAACACUCACUCAGAGCAGAUCCACUGGCCCAAAGGAGCAGAUCUGUCCGUAUCAGACAGUGUUGGUUACUGUCGUGGUUCAGACUUCCUGAUGGAUGUAAACUACCUCCACUACCUCUGGGACGCCCGCCAAGCCAUCUCCACAUCCAACAGGGCUUGUCGUCUCUGGUCGUCUCCGUAUGACGGGAUCGACCCUCCGCCUGAAGAAUACCGAUCAGACACACCAGUGGACGACAUAGAAGACGAGGAAGAGAUUGUACGGCGAGUCAAGAGUGACUCCAUCUGCUCUUUGGUUAUCACUUCUCCCCCGUCAGCCCUCUCCCCCACGCCGUCCUCCUUGGAUACCAUCUCCAUGAGCAACCACACAGGACGGGCCAGCUCCGUCUUGGAGCUGGAGUGGGACGACAUCUUCGCGGAUGACGAUCCGUCUUCGUUAGCGUUGAUAAACACGGCGCUAGCAAAUGGCGAGGCAGACAGAUGCACUUCGACACCUCGACACAUCCAGGAAAUGCGACGCACUGCGACCAGGCUGGUGCACGGCUCCUAUGUGGAGGAGUCCGAGUUUGAGGACGAUGUUCUGGUGUACAAUCUCGUCGCCCAGAGAGAAACAAAGGCGGCCAUUAUGGAGCGAAUCAUGGUGGCAAAUCGGCGGGCACGCGGAAGCAUCUCAAACGGCCAGUGGGUGUCAACAGCAGCGACGACAACAGCAACAACGAUAACAACGAUGUUAACGACAACAGGGAGGACGGUGAUGGACACGGUUAACAGUAUAAUGUCGUCAAGGAGGAGGAGCGAGGAUGGAGGGAACGAGGAAAGGAGAAGGAGUGAGGAUUUUAUGAAGGAGGUGAGGAGGAGGAGUGAGGACUGUGGAAAGGAGAUGGGGAAGAAAGGAGAAGAGGAGAUAAAGCGGAUGGAUGGACAUCAGUUUCUCACCAAUGGCUUUAACGCUAAGGAUCACAUCAUCGACGAAUGUGAUGAUACUGAUGAAGACAGCGAGACAUUUAAGCAAAACUUCUACCUGUGUGACCUCACAACUGCUGUUUAUCCCACGCCAUGUUUAGUGACUUUACCCAAUGGCCACUCUGAAUUUGAGCCACAUGACCCUUUGGUGACUGACGCCAAGUCUCCAAGUCUGCCUAGUAACAAAGUCGCCAAUAACGAUGACUUCCUGUCCCGAUACCACGAGCUCAUGCUCUCUUUGGGGGUGGAGCCAGACUGUGACGACAUCACAAGCGACAUCAGCGUAUUCAGGAGGCGGGUCCGAGCGCUGAGGCAAAAACUGGAAGAGGAGGAGGAAUUUUUUCUUAGCUCCUCGCGGGAUGACGGAGGGGAGGAAGAAGUAGAGGAGGAGGCGAUGGAAGAAGAGGAGGAAGACGAAGAAGGAAGCAGUAAGAAAGGCAGCCGGAUGCAUGGAGUUCCCUUUACAGGUCCGUUCAUCAGCGUCCUGUUGUCCCGGCUCGAGAACCUCCUGGAGAACUCCAUCGCUGUGAACCUGCUGGUGACGGGCAUCCUGGCCCAGCUGGCGUCGUACCCGCAACCUCUGCUGAGAUCCUUCCUGCUCAGCACGGACGCAGAGAACCAGCCCAACGUACGCACACUGCACCAGGUGUUGGUGUCGGUGCACGCUCAGAUUGAGCGCUACGUGGCGGCCAGACCGGACUUUCCUACCCUGGUCACUCAGGCCUGGAGGUUCUUGUUGGCUAAAGACCAAGACAGCAAGUUUAGAGAGUGCCUCGAGUCUCAGGGCAGCGACGUCAUCCUGGACCCAUCUGUUUCUAACAGCUCUGUGAGGAACGCUCUGGCUUUGCCUCCUCUCGGCGUCCUGCCGCCAUGCCCUCCGAUCCCGCCUCAAGCCAAGAGCCGAGUGUUCGCCAUCGUCCUGUUCGCCGAGUUCCUGAAAGAGCUGGCCGCCAUCGCCCAGGAGCACAGCAUCGCACCGGACUGCUGCUAUGCAGAGGAGUGAUGGGGCCGUCCAGCUGUGAACAUCUGCCUGAGAAGAUACUGAUGAUGAGUUAUCGAAGGAUAUACAACGUGUGUAAGGAGUACUAUUUGUGGAUAUUUGUACAGUACAGUUUGUUUAUAUUCCGAGCAGCACUUGAACAUUUUGAUGUUUUUACCCCGUGUGAAUACGGAUGAUAUUUAUAUGUUGAUGAAAAUGAUUUGAAAGAGAUUAUUUUGAAGAUAAAUCAAGUUUUCUAUAAUAUUUGUGGGAUCGGUGCAAAAAAGUUUUCUACAUUGUUUUCGGACAUCUUUGCACUUAACUUGUUGAUAUGGAAAAAAUGAGUUUUAUUAUAAUUUAGUUGUAUUUCAAAAUGCCAGUGGUGGCCAUUUUAAAUCAACUUACUACUCAGGAGGGGAAACGUGAUGCAUAAACUAGUAUGAAAAUAAAACUUUCAUACAUUUUGGAGAUAAUACAGGUGAAUAGGGUAACUAAUAUAUAUCACUAUGAAACUUCCCCAGUUGAUUACUGGCAUUAAGACAAUUAUUUUUGUAUUACAAGUUUUCUGAAGUAUUCUGUUUAAUUAUGCAAAUGAGGCAUUAUCUUAUUAAAUUUGAGCUAAUUUUCAUACAUUUCCAGAACAUAAAUCUGAACAUUGGUUAAAGCCAGGUUCAAAAAUUGUUGUUUCAUUUUGUUGACAUAUUAGAGCCAAAGGUUUUUACAGUUUAGUAUGAGAAAUAACAAAUUUUGAGGAAAAAAGCCUUUAAAGAUAUGUAUAGUAAAAUUUCAUACAUUUUGAAGACACUACAGGUGAAUAGGGAAACAUAAUUAACGAAUAGAUAUGACCAUGAAACUUCCCCAGUUGAUUACUGACAUUAAGACAAUUAUUUUUUGUAUUACAAGUUUUCUGAAAUUGUAUGUUUAAAUAUGCAAAUGAGGCAUUAUCUUAUGCUAACUUUUGGUCAAUUAAGGAGAAAUCUACAGACGCGAAUAGAUAAAGUAUACAAAUAAAAAGUUUUCUUUUCACUAGUCUCAAAGAAGACCCAAAAUUUAAAAAUGAAUAAGUGCAUGAAAAACAAUGUUUUUGCCCGUAGUGUCUCGCCUUAAACACAUUAAAGUGACUUUACAUCACAUUUAUCAACACAAACAACAACUAGUUUGUAAAUUCAGUUUGGAAGUCAUUAUUUAACAUUUAAGAGCAAACCAGAUGUCUUUCAAAAUAUUAAUAUUUUAUACGAAAAGACAAGAUAACUUCAAGCCCAAAUGUGCUUUUAUUUUAUUUUCAUAUUUUAUUUAAAUGUGGAAAUACAUUUUAGUUUGUGAAUAUUACCUGCUCAACUUUAAAUUAUUAUUAUUUCUUUUUUUUUUUGUUUCUCCAAAAUGUCUCCUCUUUGUGCAACUGGAGCGAUCAACAAUCUAAAUAAUGCAACUUCUGAACAUAAAUUAUGUUUUCUAAAUAAUACACUACAGGCGGUGGUUAAUUUAAUGUCAGGAUUUUAAACAAACCAAACAACACUGAUGUACGUUUUUUCAGCGAAGCUCUUCAGUUAUACAUCUUAUAUUUGUCCUUCCUGCUGUUAAGUUAUUGUGCGUCUAUAGAAAGAAGAGUCAUUUCAGUAACUGUCUGUAUUUGUUUUAAACUACUUGUUUUUACUGCUACAGCACUUUGAACUGGACGUAUGAAGUUUUAAUACUGACAAUGAUGAAGAUGAAAGGGGCGACCUGUUUAUUAUUUUCUCCUGUUGUGUCUUUAUGACGAAGCCUUACUGUACUUUAACCAACGCAGAGGUUUUAGUGCAAGAAAACCAAGAUGCAAAAAAUUAUUUCUUGGGCAAAUAUCAGAUUUUUCAUUUGCACUUGUGCAUUUCAUUGUUUUUAAUGUUUAAAGUGUGUGAUUUUUUGUCGACAAAAUUUCUUUAAUUUUUGUCCUUUUUCACCUGAAAAAAAAA